GCGGGGGGGCGGCGGGCGCUGCGAUUGGCCGGACCGGUCACGUGGGGCGGGGGCUGCGGCCGCCACAGUAAACAUGGAGUCGAUCUUCCACGAGCGGCAAGAGGGCUCAUUGUGUGCUCAACAUUGUCUGAAUAAUUUGCUGCAAGGAGAAUACUUUAGUCCUGUUGAGUUAUCCUCUAUUGCACAGCAGUUGGAUGAGGAAGAAAGGAUGAGAAUGGCAGAGGGAGGAGUAUCUAGUGAAGAAUACAGAACAUUUUUACAGCAGCCUUCUGUAAAUAUGGAUGAUAGUGGAUUCUUCUCAAUUCAAGUUAUAAGCAAUGCCUUGAAAGUGUGGGGUUUAGAACUAAUCCUCUUCAACAGCCCAGAAUAUCAGAGACUUGGGAUCGAUCCUAUAAAUGAAAAAUCAUUUAUUUGUAAUUAUAAGGAACACUGGUUUACAGUUCGAAAGUUAGGAAAACAGUGGUUUAACUUGAACUCUCUCUUGAUGGGUCCAGAACUAAUAUCAGAUACAUAUCUUGCACUUUUCUUGGCUCAAUUACAACAGGAAGGUUAUUCCAUAUUUGUAGUAAAAGGUGACCUGCCAGACUGUGAGGCUGAUCAGCUACUGCAGAUGAUUCGGGUACAGCAGAUGCAGCGACCAAAACUGAUUGGAGAAGAGGCAGCACAGUCAAGAGAUCAGAGGCUACCCAGAAGUGAUGUGGACCAAGGAAUAGAAGUUAACCAUCCCUUUGAUGGAACAGGCAUGUUAGACGAAGAUGAAGAGAAUUUUCAGAGAGCCCUAGCUCUAAGUAGGCAGGAAAUUGAUAUGGAGGAUGAAGAAGCUGAUCUUCGCAGAGCCAUUCAGCUCAGCAUGCAAGGUAGCCGUCGAAGUGAGCUCUCAGGCUCAUUACCACAGAAUGUUCCUCAGUCGUCGCACAGCAGUCAGACAGACUCCCUUUCCUCAGAAGAACUGCGAAGGAGAAGACAAGCAUAUUUUGAAAAACAGCAACAACAGCUACAGCGGCAAGAUCAGACCCCAAACCUACAGGAUAAGGCAACUGUCAGCUCAAGCACUCCAGAAGCUGGCCCAGGAGGUGAUAUGAGCGAAGAAGACAUGCUUCAAGCAGCCAUGAAUAUGUCUCUGGAGUCUGUUAGAAACCACUUGAAUUCAGAAGAGGAGAAAUAACAUCAUUAUUCCCCUCGUAUUGUCAAAAUGCUAUGUCUCCAUUAAAAUUCUACUGUGUGAAUGUUGCACAAACAGGGUUCAUUUCAGAGUUCUGGAAGCAGGAAUGAAAGGGGGGCUGCUGGAGGUCAGUUUAGAGAGGGUCUGCAAUACAAAAAAGAUUGCACUAAUUUAGAGAACUGUAGCACUCCUACUACAAAACAUCUGCUCACAAGAGUAGUGUUGUUAAAAUUAAUAGAACUGUUCACACAAACAAAAUUAGACAAGGGUAGCAGCUGUAACUUGCAUUUAAAAAACAAGUUUAAAUUGUUUUGAAGAAUUCUAUAGAAGAUACAAAUGAUGCUGAAAACAGCAUCAACUGAUUUUCUUCAGUACUAAUGGAAAAACAGAUACGAGUAGUAAGUUAUGCUCAUAAAUUCUUUUUAAUAGAUCACUCUAAAAUGGGGAGAGUAAUUAAGUUCCAUUCAUCUUAAAUAAUUUAUCUUGUGAUUGUUUAUUAUUAAUGACUUAAUGUCAACUUUUUGAUCCUGCUGUCCACUUCUGAAAUGAUCCAUUCUGCAGGAGAAACAAGAAUCCCUAAAUUUAAUGCUUUUCAAUUCAAGACAAAAUUUUCAGUGUAUUGUUGAUUAUCAUGUUAUUCCUGAGUCUUUCAGUGAUUUCUGACUUUUUAACAGUUUUUGGUUUUAAUUCCAAUUGUAAAAUUUUAGGUUCAUGUUUAACAUACUGCCUUUUAGCAGAUAACUUGCCUUAUUUGGCUUGGGAUUUUUUGUAGUUCUUGUUUGUUUUUAAUUAUUGUAUUCUUAUGUUCUUUCUUGUUAAGCCACUGUAUUUUUACUACAAAAGCAGCAUAUACUCAAUUGGGUUGAACAGGUUUUCUUUUCUACCUCUUCCAGAGUCUUUUCCUCUUCAAGCUCAACCCUUCAUUCUGGCCUUUCAGUAUGAAAGAGCUGUAACGGAGUCUAGGAGAAAGUAGGAGGGGAUUUAGGUGCCAUAAAGUCAGUGCCACACACGAGGUGCAUUCCUGCAGUCUGAAAUGACCCCUGUGCAAGUAGCUCUUUUAAGAAUGAAUAUUUAUGCCUGUGUGGAUGUUCUUUCUGAAAUGCUUUCUAUGAGUGUCUGUCAGAAUGUUGCAGUUUUUUCAGGAAUGGCCUUUAUUCACGCACCUUAAAAUUUUUUAUCAUGCUGUUUCUGAUCCUGAGAAAAAUUGGGAAGUGCAAAGUAUGUGAGAGAGCUUAUGGUAUGGAUUGUAAGACAUUUGCUUUGAUAUCCAGGAUGAAUGUGUAACAGGGUGACCAAACCUGACUUUGAACUUCAGUGCAACAAAAGAGAGAUGUUUCAUUUUCCUAAAUGGUGCUUGAAAUACAAAUUCUGUUUACAUAUAAAUUAUAUGGAAAUAUGUUGUAGAUAGAGUAUAUAAGCUGUAGUCCAGUUAAAGCAUUAACAGUUAGCACAGGCAUUCUAAGAAUCUUUCAAAAAUAACCCCAAAUUUCUUUAUCAAAAUACUUCGAAGUUACCUCUUUGCACAACAGUAACAUUUAAUUAAAAUUAGUAGGAAAUUAAUGGUAGUUAGAUGGAAAUACACAUUCAGCAUCAAGUAGUACUGUACAUGAAAGGGCUCUUACCUCUCAGUAAAGAUUUGUUUACAGCAAUGGUUUCCUGAUCGCUUAGGAUAUUAUUAUAUCAUACAUAAUUGGGCUAAAUUUUGGUUUUCUUAUCUGUGUGCUAGAUUUUCACCAAUGUCACCAGAACCACUGGUUUGUGUUACACAAUAUGGAUUAUGACAAGAGACAGCACUACUUUUUAAAAACUGCAUUUUGUCUUUUUCAAAUAAUAGUCAUGCACAUUAUAAUUAUUUGUAAUGUGUUAAAUUAAUAUAGCUGAAAAGUGACUUUAAAAGUCCAUCUGUGUGUAUGCCAUUUUGAAAUGCUAUACUUUUCAGGAUGUGAUUUUCUGCUUUCAGUUUGAAAUUUCUAUGAAACUGAAAUGAAGAAAGGUGUCUAAAGCACUAAAUUUUUUUUUUCUCAUCUGUCAAUUAACCACAGCUUAAUUUUCCUUUUUUGGUUGUGCCAUAAACUAAUUCUGAAAUAAGAGUCAUUUUUAUAAAUAGGUGUAGACUGGCAAUCUGAUGCCAGUACUUGGAACUCAGACCUUUUAUCCUCUAUUAUGAAAAUAUAAUCAAAAUGUAUUAUUUCUAUAGCUCUAGCAGCCCUAUAUAAAAAAAAAAAUCUCAGCCCCUUAAAUCUCAUUGACUAACCCAGGCCAGCUACAUGAUUUUAUAAUCACUAAAACAUGCAGGCUUGCUGUUGAACUUUCAUGUCACAUCAAAAGUCACUUACCAUUAACCCAGCCAAGUCCACCACUAAAUGUAAUGGUCCUAAGCACCACAGCUACACCUCUUUUAAAUAGCUCCAGGGAGGGAGGACUCAACCACUUGCCUGGGCAGCCUGUUCCAAUGGUGGACAACCCCUUCAGUGAAGAAAUACUUCCUGAUGCCCAACCUGAACCUCCUCUGGUGCAAAUUGAGGCCAUUUCCUCUCAUCUUGUCACUUGCUACCUGGGAGAUGAGGCUGACACCCACCUCACUACAACCUCCUUUCAGGACUUGUAGGGAGUGACAGGGUCUCUAUUUGAACUGUACCUAAGGAAAAGACUAAUACUAGUUGCUGACAGUACAUAUUUUAUAACCCAGGUCCCAGGUUCAAAAUGUCUGGACCUGCCAAGACACUGUCAAUAAAACACUGAUGUCAUUUUUUGGUGUGCAUUCUUUCAGUGGUAAACAGUUCUCAAUGUGGCUUAACUACACUUCUAAGGUGUUUACUAAUUUAGAGCAUCCUCCUGGUGUUAUCUACCCUGUCAAGCUGAAGGGUUGGGUUUUUUUCCAUGUUACAGCUUUAGGCCAAAGUCCAUUGUAAGGGACCAGACAUUGAUUUUUUUUUUUAUUUUUAAAAAUUUUUUUUAAUUACAAAAUUAUAUUCGAGGGAAUUUCAGACUUCAUUCAUUCAACAGAUUUUUACUGUUUUCCAGUGAAUGGUCCAUGUGACAUAAUUUAUGGUUUUCUGCCAGUAGAAAUCAAAGGAGCAGGGGGAGUGAGUGAUACAAGAAAUAUCUUCCAAAAUUACUGCUCUAAGUAUAAUUCUGCAAACUCCUUUCAUGGUCUUACAGUGAGGGCAGGAGGAACAAGAGUUGUAAUGCAGUCAUGCUUGUAUGCAGUUCUUGUUAGGCGCAGCAGGUACAAAUAUGAGCUGUUUAAAUGCUUACAUUUUUCUAGACUUGAAACUAAUCUGUUACAAUUCUGGCGUACUUUAACAUUUGGUCUUCCUGUGCCCUUCAAAAAACUGCAGCAAAUUUAAGUGUAAUUUUCAGCUAAAGUACUCUUCUCACUUGUCAUACUUUAUUCCUUUGCAGACUACUUGAAAAUAACCAGUACAAAUUUAAAUCUAUGAUGUGUUUUAAUGUUGGACUAUUGCUUCUAUUACAAACUUACAGAAUGGUAGGGGGGUUAAAAUGGUUUCUGCGGGUAUCUAGUAGACAAAUAUCAUUUGCAAGCUGCUCUGUCUUUUACAAAAUCGACAGGUUUUAAAGAUGAACAAGAACAUGUUACAGUUCUAAAAUGUGAAAUUUUCUAGAAUUAAUUAUUGGUUCAAAUAAUGAUGAAAACAUAAAAAUGGUGGCCUUUAUACUGAAAAAUACAGUAUAGGGGAAUGGGAUCAGAGAACUAGAACUCUAGUUACAAUACUUAUAAUACUUACAAAGAAGUAUUAUUUUGCAAUUCGUGUUACCAGCACAUCACUUUUAAAGGAUUGAAAUAAGAAUCCAAGGAGAAGAAAAAUUGAUGUGGAAACUUUUUUUAAGGGCUUAGAUAGAAAAUUAUGUUGUUCGCUUGGUAAGCCAUUACUGUCUUGCAUAAAACAAACUUAAGUCCUGGAAAAUCUUUUAUUCACAAAUCAUUACAAAAAAGAAGGAAAAGAAGUCUAACAGGUAAUAUGUACAUAUCUAUUCCAUACACACAGAAUCAUUUGUUCAAGUGAGAAUAAUACUUACUACAUUCAAACUGGCUUGGUCCAAAUACUCAAUUCUUCAAUGUAGAAUUAGUAGCUUUGUCUCGUAUCCAGGUUUUCAUCUUAAAAGCAGGAGUUCUUUUGCAAUAAACUUUUCUAAUCUUCAUACACACAUUUUGCCUUAUUUACAUUUCAGAGAUGGAGGGAAUGGUGUAGUAUUUAACUUGCCGUAGUCACCUCCUUCCCCAGUUACAGUUCUUCAGACAGUUAGUAUGUGUGACUUUUCAACUGCUUUUACCAAAUCAAAAUAUUUAUACAUUAUUUUCUUUGUUAAGAAAAAUAAUUAUAACUACACUUUUCUUUUAAUCUCCCCCCAUCCUCAGUACAGGCACUGUGUGAAUUCAGGACGGGACUUUUAUAAGAGUUUGAAUAAAGGGAUGUAAUAUUUAAAUGCCAUUGUCCAAAAGCAAAAUGAAAAAAAAACAAGGUAAAAACCUUGAUCUUGUCUUUAAAGCAUGUAAGCAUUGAUAAAAUUUUAUUUUUUGCUACAUGAAACCCCCUGUGUACAAAUCAGGGUAGAGUUAGGAUUUUGUAAGGGAAUAAUUUUUUUCAUCUCUUGCCUAAUAGUUGUGUAUUUUAGAAAUCAUUUUCAGUAAUAGAUUUUUUUGUCAAGACUGUUUUCAUAUCACAUCUUUGGCUCUGGAUUCCUGUAUAAUUUUUGUCUAUUUUGUGUAUAUAAAGCAUAGAAUACUGAAAAGAUUUUAAAAGGGAAAGCUGAAAUGCUUUGUCAUUGUUUUGACUGGAAAAUGGCAGCACUGUUCGGUAUUUUGAAAAUGCUCUCCAAAUAGGCAUGAAUAUAUAUGGUUGUAUUUGAUAUCACUUUUUUAAAUAAAUAUGAUUAUAGCUUCUAAUGUU